AGUUAUCGGGAAAACGAGAAAUUGAAGACAAAUGGCAUAUAAUCGCAAAUCACGCAUUAGAAAGGAUCCCAUGCAUCUGUUCGCGGGAAUCUCUCACGAACCCGUUCUGUCGCUUCCCUUCUCCCUCCUACUUUAAAAUCCCAAGCUCCCCCACCCUCUCGUCGUCACCGCAGUAUCUCCGGCCACUGAAAAUGACUUUGCCAACAGCUCUCCUCCAUUUCCCCCUUUCGUUCCCCGCCUUCCGUUACGGAUCACUAUCUUUUCCGACCCUCGCUGAUCCGACGGAACCCUUCUCCGUCUGUUCUUUCGGAGUUGGAUGGAAGCCAGCAUACGUCGCCGUUCCUUCUUCGAGAUGCAACGCCGUAUCCAAACCUCGUGUCAUGCAUGAUAUACUUCAGAAUAACACAUCGGUGAUCAAAUGGCCGGAGACGCUUCCAGACACUGAUGACGGCAAAGCUCUUACAAAGGUACCGGAAUCGAAUGAGAUAACUCAGAGAAUCGAUGCGAUCAAAGAGAUGUUGCGGUCGAUGGACGAUGGAGAAAUAAGCGUGUCGGCAUAUGAUACGGCGUGGGUCGCUCUAGUCGAUGACAUGCAUGGCAGCGGCGAGCCCCAGUUCCCUACCAGCCUCCAGUGGAUUGUAGAAAAUCAGCUGCCAGAUGGAUCGUGGGGCGAUGAGCGAAUAUUUUCUGCUCAUGAUCGGAUACUUAAUACAUUGGCUUGUGUGAUCGCCUUGAAGUCGUGGAAUAUUUACCCCAAGAGAUGUAUAAGUGGACUGUCAUUUCUUCGAGAGAACCUGAAGAAGCUCCAAGAUGAAAAUGCCGAGCACAUGCCCAUAGGCUUCGAAGUCGCCUUCCCGUCUCUGAUAGAAAUUGCUCGAAGCUUAGACUUGGAAUUUCCUUAUGAUUCUCCACUUCUGCAAGACAUCUAUGCUAUGAGAAAUUUCAAACUCAAGAGGAUACCAAAGGAAAUUAUGCACAAGGUGCCUACAACACUACUUCAUAGCUUGGAAGGAAUGCAUGAUUUGGAUUGGGAAAAGCUUCUCAAGCUACAAAGCGCAGAUGGAUCAUUCCUAUUUUCGCCAUCAUCUACAGCCUUCGCACUCAAGCAGACCAAAGACGAGAAGUGCCUGAAAUAUCUCCAAAAGGCAGUUGAAAAUUUCAAUGGAGGAGUACCAAACGUGUACCCGGUGGAUCUGUUUGAACAUAUCUGGGCUGUCGAUCGCUUGGAACGGCUGGGGAUCUCUAGAUACUUCGAGGCGGAAAUCAAAGAUUGCCUAGAUUAUGUGUACAGAUACUGGACCGAAGACGGAAUCUGUUGGGCUAGAAACUCACGAGUGCGGGAUGUGGAUGACACAGCUAUGGGGUUCAGGAUCCUCAGGUUACAUGGUUAUGAUGUCUCUGCCGAUGCGUUUCGGCAUUUUGAGAACGGAGGCGAGUUCUUCUGCUUCUCCGGACAAUCGAACCAGGCAGUCACCGGAAUAUUCAACUUGAACAGGGCCUCUCAGAUCUCGUUUCCAGGAGAGAAGAUUCUAGAAGAAGCAAAAUCCUUCUCAGACAAGUUCCUGAGAGAGAAGCAAGCCUCCAAGCAGCUUCUAGAUAAAUGGAUUAUAACCAAAGACCUGCCUGGGGAGGUGGGGUAUGCAUUGGACUUUCCCUGGUAUACGAGCCUUCCUCGUAUAGAGACGAGAUUCUACUUAGAGCAGUACGGCGGGGAAGACGACGUUUGGAUUGGCAAGACGCUCUAUAGGAUGCCCUACGUGAACAACAACGUCUAUCUCGAGCUUGCCAAGCUGGAUUUCAAUCAGUGCCAAGCGCUGCACCAGCUCGAGUGGCGCGAGAUCGAAAAGUGGUACGUUGAGAGCGUUUUGAUGAAUCUGGGGCUGAGCGAAAAUACAGUGCUGCAAGCUUACUUUCUGGCAGCUGUGAGUAUAUUCGAGCCCGAAAAGUCCACAGAGCGGCUCGCUUGGGCCCAAACCGCAGUGCUGAUGGACGCGAUCUCCUCGUAUUUUGGCACCUCGGCGUGUUCAUCCGAGAAGAGGAGAGCCUUUCUCCAAGAUUUCAAUGACCAAAGUUCGGGUUCGAAGAGAACGAGAAAGGGACUCGUCGGGUCCCUGCUUGAAACCCUGCGCCAUCUCUCCCUCGAUGCCCUCGUGGUGCACGGUAGCGACGUCCACUGCAACUUACUAAGCGCUUGGGAGACCUGGCUGCUGACGUGGCAGGGUGAUGGAGACAGCAGCCACCACCAGCGGCGCGGCGCGGAGGCGGAGCUCCUAGUGCGCACGAUAAAUCUAUGCGCUGGCCGCUCCGUCUCCGAAAACCUCCUGUCCCACCCUCAGUACGUGCGCCUCGCCCGGCGCACGAACGGGAUCUGCGACCGACUUCGUCGCGUGCGGAAGCUCAAGGAACAGAGAGCAAAUGGCAACGAUGCAAUCACCAGCAGUGGACUCGACACCAAGCCCAUAGAAUCCGAAAUGCAAGAGCUCAUGCAAUGCGUGCUCCAGAGCUCCGACGGCAUCGACAGCUACAUCAAGCAAACGUUCCUCACGGUUGCCAAGAGCUUCUACUAUGCUGCUCACUGUCCACUGUCCACCUUCAACUAUCACAUAUCGAAGGUACUCUUCGACAGAGCAGCUUGAUCUAAUGCCGCUAAGUUUCAGUUGCAGCAUUGAUGUACAUAUAAUCUCCAUUCAUGUCAUCUUUUAGAGCUUAUAUCAAUUUAAUAAUAAUAUAAUAACUGUGGCGUCCGUAUAAAAAUGCAUUUUCACACA